CGGCAGAUAGAUGAAAUAACGCGUCGCGGCAGGAGGGGUUGUACUUGACUGUUUGUCCGUGUGUUCCGCGAACCCCUGUUUGUUGCCUUGAGCCUUGAUAUCAAGACUUCUAUCAAGGAACCCCUUUUAUGUAGGCCAAUCACAUGCUGGGGCUAUGACAGAAUACAUACGCGGCAAAAAGGCGUACACCAAAUGGGAUGCGGACACGGACAAUGUGGACAUGGACCUAUCACCUGACGGACCGCAAGUGAUGGUACAGUCCUACCCCACUGGAUGGUUUGCAGGCACAAAGGGAAAGGUGUUACGGGUGCUCAUACCCAGCUGUAUAUUCCUGUUGGGCCUAAUCAUAGGCUAUCUCAUGAGGAAAGGCGUACGGGAAGUUAUAGAACAAAAUUUAUCUGGUUGUACCAUGCGCCAUGAUGUGUUCACCUUUAAGGAAGAUUUUGCCGAGAUGCUCGUACACAAUGUGGAUAAGGCAAACCUGGACAACUGGUUAAAGAUCAUGACAACAAAUAAUCAUGUUGCUGGAACUGAGAAAAGCGAAAAGCUUGCAAUUAGAAUUGAACAGACGUGGAGGAAUUAUGGCAUUGAAAAUGCUCGAAUAGAAUCAUUCCAUCCACUGCUAUCUUAUCCAGACACAAACCAUUCAAAUGAAGUCAGAAUUGUGAAAGGCAGCUCUAUCCUAUUCAAUACAUCCGCAACAGGGCUCGAAACCACCUCAGAAAUGGGACCAUACUCUGCCUACUCAGCAAGUGGGAAAGUGAAAGGCAAGCCUGUGUAUGCAAACUACGGCACACCCGCUGACUUUGAUCUACUUCGCUCAAGAAAUAUUGCUCUCAAGAACACCAUUGCCAUCAUAAGAUAUGGGAAAAUACAUCCAGGAGACAAAGUCAGACUCGCGCAAGAAAAUGGGGUGGCAGCAGUGGUGCUGUACUCCGACCCAUUUGCUUCGUCCGCGGAGGAAAUGAGCGAACUGAAAUUACCUGGUGACGCAAUAACGAGAGGAAGUCUCAAGCCGUACCCUGGAGACCCUAGCACCCCCUUUCUGCCAUCAUCCGUGGGGAUGUAUGCACCACCCAGUGCGGACAGGGGCAGCAUGGCACUGCCAACAAUUCCAGUACAACCUGUGAGCUAUAAUGAUGCCCAAGAGCUGUUAAACAACAUGUCCGGAAGUAUGGCCCCAGUUGAAUGGCAAGGAAAGCUGAACAUCACGUAUAACGUUGGCCCAGGAUAUAAAACCAGUCACGACAUUGAUGCAGAGGUCACAGUGUACAACACGCUGAAGCAUACAGACAUCCAUAAUGUGAUAGGCGUGAUCCGAGGAAAUUUUCAGCCAGGGAGGUACGUUAUCGUCGGAUGUCACCACGAUGCUUGGACAAAAGGCGCCGGUAGCCCUGGCACAGGAAUGGCUGUACUCAUGGAGCUUGUGAGGCUUUUUGGUGAUCUUCAGAAGAACGGGUGGCAACCAGGACGAACACUGAUCUUUGCGAGCUGGGACGCAACAGAAUUUGGCACGAUUGGAUCCACGGAAUGGGUUCAGGCUCACCAGAGCGAACUCACACACAAGGCCGUGGCUUACAUUAACUUGGACCAAGCUGUUUCUGGCAACAAUACACUGUAUGUUCUUGGAAGCCCUCUUCUGCGACAGAGCUUGAAGGAAGCAACAAAGCUAAUUCCAUGUCACGAAUCUUCUCAUAACGACAUGACAGUGUACGAUAUGUGGAAAAUGAGAAAGCCGAGGAGUCCAAAUGAUGCACAUUCUGUUCCAUUAAUGAUGCCGUUGACAGCCGGAUCAGAUUUUGUUCCAUUUUAUGAAAAUCUCGGGAUCAGCUCAGCACAUCUACAGUUCGUUGAAAAAGAUCCAGUGUCGGAUUACCCUCUGCACCACACGGCCUACGACACUUAUGAAGCUGUGGUGAACUUCACCGACCCUAACCUCUACGCUCUGUCAACCCUGACGAAGGUCGUUGGUGUACUUCUACUGAAGCUUACAGACUCCUUGCAAGUUCCCAUGAGGGCCAUCGACUAUGCUGAUCAAAUUAAGUUCGAUUAUGCAGAGUUUGAAAAAAAGUACUCGCAAUUGCUGAAAGACCACAGUAUUGGACUUGAAUCUCUUUCUGAAGCUGUGGUGAACUUCAGCAAGAUAGCAGACAACUUCCACGACAACUAUGAAGAGAUGAAUAAACACAAUAUAUUAGAAGCAUUGCAGGACUACAAUGAUCGUCUGCUCGAACUGGAGAGGGCUUUUCUCCUGCCCCCAGCGUACCCGAGUCAUCGUUGGUUGAGGCACGUCAUCUAUGGCCCCGAGAGUGGCAGCGGUCACACUGGUGUCCUCUUUCCACAUCUCUCGUCCUCCAUAGAUGAGGCCAAGCUCGAGAACCACUCCCUCAGUUGGACCGUCGUCAAGCAGGACCUGUCGCACGUUCUACAUGCCCUCCGUUCUGCAGCGAAUGUCCUGAGCGCUGCAGUGCUGAGGGGUCGGGAGUAGCUUUUAAUCAAUUUUAUUUCACAGAGCAUCCUUAUUUAUUACACGCAUAGUCAUUAUGUUAUUCAUCAGAGUCAUAUGGGUAUCAAGACUGUGGAGUUGGGGCCUAGUCAUGGGCUUGUGCGGCAUGUUCGAGCACAGGAAGGUGAUGCAUUGUACGAUAUCAAAUAUUGCAAUAAUAUUCUCAGCUCCUGUAAAUUUCACAUACUAUAUGGAUGUUAUCAACAAGCAUGCAAUAUGGAGCAUCUUCAGGCACAGUAAUAUUGUAUUGAACCGUCCUAAGAGUUAUACGUAAUCUCCUCGGUGAUAGUAACGUGUCUCCUACCUUUUCGAGAUGUAACGACAUGUGUACAGAGAUGGACAUUCUACAGAACGGCUUGCAUAUCAUCGUACUUUGGGCUGUAUUAGUUACAGCUUUUAACGUUUCUAUUACCGUAUUUUGAUGUUGCGAAAAAUCUCUAUAGAAGCGUUGGAAGCUAUGAAUGCUUAGAGUAUGGACUUUAUUGCAUAUUUCAUUCAUCCUUGUAACAUCCUUGACAGAGACCUUGUCGUGUUGACAAGCCCUUUGCAAUUCACAAAUGACCACAAACCAUUCAUUAAUCUUCCUGUGCUUGUCCCCUUUUUUUCAACAUCCAGUGUUAUGGCAGCUCCUUUAUUUCGGCGAAAAAGGGAGUCAUCUUGUCAAACCUAAUGAAAUUGAGAAUCACUAUACGCACGCACGCACUUUCACUGUAUGCAGUGGCUACAAUAAUCGACAGCAGAUGUCUGUCUCUAACACAUGAGCUUAUUGGAGCUAGUGAUUACAUGUAUAUUCUAUUUAAGAAGGGCUUUCACUGGAGGUUGUCAUGUUGAACCACAUUCCAUUCCAAGUUUUAUAAACAUUAUUCCCUCAUCUUCUUUUCAGUGCGGAGCACGCAUUUUUCUAUCUAGCAUAUAAUGUUGAUUUUGAAUAAUGAUGACAAUUACGAACGAAAAGCAGUGUUCCCUAAUUUUUUUAUCGAAAGCUUCGUUAUCUCUUAUUUUCGUCGCCACUUUUAUAUUUGUUUUAAUUAUUUUAAAAACAUUCAUUUACAUGCUCUCAACCGCAUAACUUACUCACAUAAAUAGCUCAUUGCACAAAAACGGAGCGCCAUUGGAGGAGGUGCGGCAAUUACGCGAGGAGAAAAAAAACGUGCACUGCACUCCCGUUUUCCCAACGGCCAUUUCCUCGCUGUCCCUCGAAUCGAGAUCUUUCCGCAAGGGUUUGUCACGUGUCCCUUCAAACGCGGGCGUUGGUGGAGUAUGUGGUGGCCCGUGUUCAGGAGGUGGUGUGCCUCUGCGAGAGUCCUGAUCGGCGAAGGAACGUCCCAGGGAGGAUGUGCUGGGGAGCUUCUAAACCUGUGCCUUCACUCCAGGACGUUGCCGAUAGGACGUAGCGCCGCGGCGGCAAGGCCACAUCGCCGUUGUCCAUGGUCCACAGAGGAGUCUUUAUAAUGGUCUCUGGUUCAAGGUUGCAGUUUCGAGUCCAGCUGAGGACACCGGCAGAUUGGUGGCACUGCGCUUGUUGCUUGGACACGUUAUCGUACUGGCGUCGAGCCACGAAUUUUCGAUGCUCCAUCAAGCACUGCGGAAUUAGCGCAUUUAAGUAAGCUUUUCACGAUCAUAUCGGGUAUACCACGUAUAACACUCGCUCGCACGUACUGCGCGUAGCUGCCACGUCACUCCUACUUUAUUUCUUGUUGACCGGUUAGUUCUGCAGUCGCAAUGCACUUCGUACGCAGUCGUCGAACGUCAUCUUGCACAGCACGCACACCGUGUCCGCCACAUACUACAGUCAUGUCUGUAUGGCACAUCGCGAACUUCCCUUGUUGCAAGCCAUUUCCAUCGGCUGCUAUUGAAUGUUUUCUCAUUAUUGGUUGUUUAGUAUAAACUUCGUUACAACACGUCUUGAUGCGCCUGACUUAGCAGAUUUCGGCGUCCAAGCUGAGGGUGCGUUUAUUACGCGAGUAAACAGAAAACACAAUUGUGUACAUACGGCUGUCGGGGAUCACAAACCGCAGUCCGCGAAUGUCCUGUAUAACAAAGAAUGAAUGGCAAGCAAGCGAGCUGGUAUAAUUGGUCAUUACAAAAAAUCCGGGACUUUACGACCUUCGCUUUGUAUGUAUUUGUCCCUUCUAUGUUGUUCCAGCCUCAGAACAUCAGUUCUUUUACGACCUUGUUCAUGUGCAUCAAACUUGUCCCUACCUCCUGAUCUUUUCAUUAUGCAACUGUAAACAAAUUUGGACGUUCGGUAUUGCACACAAAAAGAGAGAGGGACAGAGAGAACGCAUAUUUCGAUGAGAAAAUGCCAGAGCCGAACGUUUCAAUGACUUGAGAAUUUUAGUGAAACACACCUCCCAAUCUGUUUUAAUAUAUAGUUUUUACGCGAAGGUGACCACCAGUGUAUUGUAUUCUGUCUCGUUAUCAAUGUGUGUAGAUACAGAGACUAAUAGCAUAUGGCACUUUCUGCACGGUGUCUCCAUUUACUUCCUUUCACAAACUGUAUUUGAAUAGAGUAAUAGUAUAUAGUGUAACAUAGUGAUGAUCACAUCGAGGGCGUUUAGCAGUCAUUUGCGCGCCUUGAGACGACCAGCAGUGCAAUAAUAAAAAGGACGAGUCCGAACUCUGAACUGCCUACGUGUAUGGGCAACGCUGAUCAUAGUGUAUGCCCAGGAAGCUUGCUUGAGAGGGCGGUGCGGGCGUGGUGGUUACCAUGCUCUUGCACAGAAAUAUAUUCCCUCGUGUGUUGUAUACCAUUUGCCCCGUCGAACUUUUGGAGCAUGUACAGUACUGGCUCUUUCUAUGUCAACAAAUGCCGUAAUGUGUACAUAAUGCACGCGUGUUUAACCCCCUUCCAUUCCGUCUAUAGCGCGUGGCCAAAGGCGCGGUAGCUCAAUCUUUCAGGAAAGGUUGAUGGGAAAGAGCGUAUCACUGUAUUGCUCGUUGUGCCAGUUGGCCGCAUAGCGUUAGGUAAUGGACAAGUUUUAUGACGAGCACUUUUGUUGCUGUUGGUGCUAGAUUUUUAAUGCACAGUUUUAUGCAGAGGGAAUAUCUUCCUCCUUGGUGGUUGUGUCCCGUCCCGUUGUGUCCACACAAUACCACCCCCCGAGCUAUACAUGUUUCAAGCACGACUUUGUCCGUGUUAACUGUAAGAAAUAUAUUGAAAUAAAAUAUGAAAUGACGUA